CAAUACCAUCGACUGCUCAAAACCGGCUUCUUAAACAGUUGUUGAAUUCAGACAUAGGCACCAGCUUCACAAAAUGAUUGGUAAAACAUUCGUAUUGCUGAUUGUUCUUUUCACGGAGCAGACAAAGGCACAAUGUGCAAUGGUGCAGGGCUUUGGUUUAGUAAGAACUGGUAUCACUGAAACUGCAUGCAUGCAGCUUUGUAAAGACACCCCAGGCUGUGUUAUCUACGUCCCGUUUGAAUCUCAAGCGUUCCCCGCAUUUAACGGAUGUUAUUACGUGGUACAAGGGGCAACAUCAGGAGUGUAUGAGGUGCAAGUGAAAGACUGUACCAUAUACACAGACAACGUGGGUCGUAUCACUCAGCUGGCGAACAGAGACAGCAUCUUCUUUAACGACCCACCCAACGGAAGAUACCCCACACAACCUUACUAUCCAACCUACAGUUAUUUCAAGAGGUAGAAACAAGAAGAAAUCUACAUCUGUCAGGUCAAGUACUAACCGUUUAUAUGUAGGCUAUACAUCCUCUCUCUAAAAUAUUGAGUGGUAGCAGCAAUUUACAUUAAAGUAAUCAUA